CAUAGGAGUCGGAGCAUGCACACACUAGCGCUUUCUCUGGCUGUCGACGCAAGCGGAAAACCCGCCUGUCGCGGAAAGAAAGAAAGAAAGAAAAAGAAGGCUCGCGAGCGAGGCCACUGGGGCGACGACCAGGCCUGCAUCGCUCUCCUCAAGGAAUCGAUACACCUGUUCGAGGAGCCUGUGCAGGAGGGGCAACUACACAUCUUCGUCGUGCUCGGCGCUUCGGGGGACUUGGCAAAGAAAAAAAUUUACCCAACGUUAUGGGCACUGUACAGAGACGGUUUACUGCCACAGAAAACAAAGUUCAUUGGCUAUGCUCGCACCAAGAUGACAGUGGAGGAGCUGUGGGGGAAAAUAGGCUCAUUCCUAAAGGUGAAGGAGGAAGACAAGAGCCGGUUUGCGGACUUCACUCGUGCCAACUCGUACUUGGCUGGCACGUAUGAUGUGGGCGAUGACUUUGCAGCUCUCAACAAAGAAAUGCAGAAACUCGAAGGCGGUGCUGCUGGGAACCGGAUGUUCUACCUGGCCCUGCCGCCCACAGUCUUCCAGCAGGUCGCCACCAACAUCAAGCAGCAUUGUAUGGGCAAGCAGGGCUGGACCCGUGUCGUAAUUGAGAAGCCAUUUGGCCGGGACUCUCAGUCGUCUGCCGAGCUUUCGAACCACCUGGCAUCACUGUUUGAAGAAUCUCAGAUAUACCGCAUCGACCACUAUCUUGGCAAGGAGAUGGUUCAAAACCUCAUGGCAAUAAGGUUUGCCAACCAGAUCUUUGGUCCUACGUGGAACAGAAACAACAUUGCCAGCAUUGUGAUAUCAUUCAAAGAACCAUUUGGAACACAAGGCAGAGGUGGUUACUUUGACAGCUUUGGCAUUAUUAGGGACGUCAUGCAGAAUCACCUGUUGCAAAUUAUGUCCCUCGUCGCCAUGGAGAGGCCAGUGUCCACUGAUGCAGAGGAUAUCAGGAAUGAGAAGGUGAAGGUGCUCAAGUGCGUUCCCCCGAUCACCAUGGACAAUGUGGUGCUGGGCCAAUAUGUGGGCAAGCCUGGUGGGACUGGAGACGAGACCCAGGGCUACCUGGAUGAUCCUACUGUGCCGAAGAACUCCCGCACGGCCACCUAUGCCACAGCAGUAGCUUACGUCAACAAUGAGCGCUGGGAAGGAGUGCCUUUCAUCUUGCGCUGUGGCAAAGCACUGAAUGAACGUAAGGCAGAAGUGCGUAUCCAGUACAAGGAAGUUGCCGGUGACAUCUUCGCUGGCGAGAGCAAGCGAAAUGAGUUAGUACUGAGGGUGCAACCUGACGAGGCCAUCUACGUCAAGUUCAUGACCAAGAAACCUGGCAUGGCCUUUGACAUCGAGGAGACCGAGCUGGAUCUGACCUACGGCAGCCGCUACAAGGGCAUGGUCAUGCCAGACGCCUACGAACGGCUCAUUCUGGAUGUUUUCUAUGGCAGCCAGGUGCAUUUUGUGCGCAGUGAUGAGCUGGCAGAGGCGUGGCGUAUCUUCACACCCCUCCUGCAUCAGAUCGAUCGGGAAAAACCCAAACCAGUGCCUUACGAGUAUGGCAGCCGAGGCUUCAAGGAGGCGGACGAUCUCUGGAAAAGAGCGGGUUUCAAGUUCUAUGGCACAUAUCGUUGGACAAAAGCUUAAGAUCCGUCCUCGUUUAUUUAUAAUUAUUGUAUACAUGUGAAAAAAAAAAGAAAAUAUUAUUUACAGAAGGAAAGCAGUAAAUACGCUGCUUCAAUCCUUCUUUUUCAAAAAUAAACAUUGAUACAUUGA